ACCCUGAGGGGAGCGGGGCCCCAUGAAGCGCUGAGGAGAGCUGGGCCUCAGGGGAGAGCGGGACACUCUGAGGGGAUCCGGACCCUCCUCAAGUGCUGAGGGCGCUGGAGUUACCUGAGGCGCUGAGGGCAGCGAGACCCUGUGCUGCUGGUGUGAAAGAUGAGGCUGCACGAGAGCCGGACAAGACCCUUCCAGGCUCCUGCCACUGUGCACACCUUCCCGGGCAGGCAAGUGUUCGUGUUCCCCAAUGGCCGCUCGGACUCGGAGGAGUCCUCGGAGGAGGAGCUCAACGUGAUGGAGCUGCGGCCCCGGGGCAAGGAGCAGCAGCGGGGCAGCGCCGCCCGGGGCAGGCCGGGGGACGUGGUGCUCCUGGAGAGGGAGCUCACCGAGGAGGACAGCCUCAACAAGCUGGCCCUGCAGUACGGCUGUAAGGUUGCAGAUAUCAAACGCGUCAACAACUUCAUCCGGGAGCAGGACCUGUACGCGCUCAAGUCCAUCAAGAUCCCGGUGCGGCCGCACGGGCUGCUCACGGAGGGCGCCGGGGCCCUGCGGCCGCCCCCAGCGGGGCCUGCCCAGCCCGGCCUGGCAGCGGUGGAGCCGCCGGAGCCCGACCCCGGCGCGAACGGCUCUGCUGGCGGCUCCGCUGGCGGCCGGCGUCUCAGUGAGUACUUCAGGGGCAUCGACCAGAGCAUCCAGGACGCCGUGCAGGUGGAGGUGCAGCUGAACGUGGAGUACAGCGGGGAGGGGCUGGAGAGGCCCCUGCCCGAGGCAGGGAAGCGGGACAAAGCCGGGAACGGUGCGGACUGCGGAAUCCAGUGGUGGAACGCCGUGUUCAUUAUGCUCCUGAUAGGAAUCGUCCUGCCAGUGUUUUAUAUCAUCUAUUUUAAAACACAAGGCCUGGUGGCCCACACCUCUAACACGACAAACUCAAAUGUUUCAAUGGCUGGAUAGGAAGGGAAACUACCACAAGGCUCAGUCAUAGGAAAAAAAAUCCUAAGGUGAAAGGGCAGCCCACUUCAGCCUCUCCAGCAGUGAUGCCUGUAUGCUCCUGACUGACUCAGGUGCACCCGAGGGGAUACGACAAUACGGAUUAUUUUUAUUUUUAUAAGUAGCUGAUGAUGUAAUCCUGAAUUUGACUGAAAAUGAGGUGAUGUGAUUUUGAUAGAAAAACAAGGAUGCUUUGUUGCUUACAGAAAUCAUCACCCAAGUGGCUUCAGAGUUGGGAACUCUGUUGAGGGAAAGUAUUUUGUAGCAAUUUAUUCAUUAUGGUUGCUUCAGGUAUUUCUUAAUGCCGUGUCUAGAAGCAAGUUUGCUGCUGAGCUAGAGAGUGCAGUAUUAAUGUGGUUGGAAAGUUGGGGGUUGUUUGCAUUUUAAGGAAACACUUUUUGCUGGAAUAGAAGUAGGGGACACUUUUUCUUAGAAGUGUCAUUUUUGUCUCUUGCAGACCAUGGUGGUUUUGGCCUGCUUGACCCUAGUGAUGCCUUCUGGGGCUCUGAGCUGGGAGUGCCAGGGCACGAUGGCACUGCCAGCACCCCACCUUGUCACCCCCCCUGAGCAAAUCUUUGAGCUGUGUUCAGUUGGGAUGCAUCAGGCCCAGCCCUGGGAAGGUGAGCCCAGACCUCUUCCCCUCAGUGAAAUCCUUCCGAGAUCUCGGUGCAGGAUCUGUGCUGUCCCAGGGUGCUGCUCAGCCCUGCAUGGCCCCAGGUGGACAGGGGCUGUUGGAUGAGGGCAGGAGAGCAUGAGAGAGGAGUCACAGGCACUUCUCAAGGGCUCAUUUGCUGGCAGGAGGUCUAGUCAGUAUUAUUUGCUAAAAAAGCUAAUAAUAGUCUAUAGUGGUGCUUCUCAGACCCAGGCUCACUCAUGGAAUUAGUUCCUUGUGUGCAAUCUGGGUGGGAGUGAAGUGGGAGCUGGAUGCAGGUUGCAAGGUCCAGGACAGAAGUCCAAGAAGAAGGAAGGGUGAAGCCUUUCUGGGAGAGGACUGUGAUGCUGCUGACUGGGACAGCUUCUGUGAACUGACCUCGUGCACUGAAAAGCUUCACAGGGCAGUGGAGGUUUGGUCAGCCCAGGGCUGUGCUCUUCAGGGCCACUCAGCAAACACUACCUGCUGCAAGGGAGCAGCGAGGGAGGCCUUGGGAGCUUUGCUAAACAGAAGAACUUGCCUCAGAAAUUUGAUUCAGCAAAUUCUGGGCCUGUGGGCAGAGGUUAAGGCUUUUCUGGAACCAACCACUACAUGUGUGGGCAGGUGCUGUUGGUGCUGAGGGUGAGGGCAGCACUGGUGGGCAGGUGCAGGAAGCUCCUGCUCCUUGUCGCCACCUUGGCGCAGCCCCAUUUGCAGCUGCCAGCAGGACCACAGGGCUUUCCCAGCUUCCCCUGGCAGCCUGAGGCCAGCUGGAGCAGGGGCUGGAGAGGGGCUGUGGUAGGAGUACCUGCUGUGCAGGUGUGGCCUCAGCCUGGCCCGAAGGACACUGCCUCUGGGCCUCUGUGCUUCUGCCUGGCACUGUCUGCCUGGACAGGGAGGUCUGAAGUGUCUCCAGCAAGGUGAGGACCCCACACCACACAGGCACAACCAUGUGCUGCUACAAUGAGAACCUGUGCUCCCUGCAGCUCUCAAAAGUGGGAACUUAAUUUUAUAAAUGAACACUCCAAAGUAUCUUAUACUGAACAAAACCUUGUAUUUUUCUUCUGUGAAGAGCUGUAUCUCUUUGUUCUGGGGAGGGGGUGGGAUCAGGUUCUUACAUUUUUAAAUAAAGCCACAUGAAAUAAAAGCACAAGGGGCACAGGCUGUGCUUUAUUUGCUACCACACAGCUGAGCACCUGCCUUAGCACGAGGGGCCCCUUGCAGCCUCACCUCAGGCUCUGCAGUGAGCGGGACUGGGAGCAGCAGGAGGAACCGGGGCUGCGGCAGGACUGCCCUUGGGCUCUGCACUCUCUGUGGACCCUGGUUCAUCUGCCAGUUUCUCCACGUUUUAUGAAAGGUUCUUUGCAGGCAUCAGUCCGUGAGUGCAGUAACAAGCUGUGUGUAUCCCUGCUGAUGAGCACCCUCCUGGCUGCGGUUAAGCACCAACACCUGGCACCUGCACUGACAGCUGGAGGGGGCAAGGACGCGCCGGACGGGACCAGUGCUCUGCAAACACGAGAGAGGCCGGAGUACACAGUAAAAGC